CUGUGCAGACGGUGAAUGUCAGAAAUGAAAAGAAGAACCAACAUAACCAACUGGAGUUAAAUAAUUUUACUGAGAAUUUCUUCACCCUAGAACAACAUGAAGAGUUUCCUUCUGCUCGUCCUCUCACUGAUGACAGGUUGUGAGGCCUCGUCUAAAGUGAAGGGAUGCCGAGAAGGAUGGGUUGAGUUCACCUGUGGAUAUCCUGAAACAAACAAGGAUUAUGAACGUAUAAACAUAGUUAAUCCUAGAAAAGAGUUAAUUGUAUGGGAUAAAAAGUAUGUAUGGGGAUCAAGUGACAGAGUUUACCUGUAUCCUUAUAUAAUGAAUAAAAGUGUCAGGGUGGUCAUCAAACAACUUCAAGAAAAGGAUAAAGGGGAAUACCGGUGUGAAUUUGAAACAAAACCAAAAACAGCCACUGUGACAUGGAAAUUGGAGGAUGUGAAAGAUGGCUGCGAGAAGUCAUUUAAUCAAACUGCAUACAAAACAGCUAAAACUACCAUCACAUGUGAUUAUCCUAACGAAUACAACUCCAGUGUCAAGUUUAUCUGCAAAGACAACAAUGAAAUCUGUGAGGAGAUUUUAUCAACACAAUCUUCUGUAAAGUCAAACGGGACAUUCACUCUCACAGACACCAACAGUGGCUUCAAUGUGUCCAUCAGUAAUGUGAGAUUACAGCAUGCUGGUGUCUACUGGUGUGGAGUCAAAUCAAAUGAAGGAAGUUACAGAGUUUCACUAAGAAAAAUACAACUGGAGAUUAAAAAUGUUACUAUCACCAAAAGAUCCCCAACUAUUGGACAGGAUUUCACAUAUUGGUGUGAUUACUCAAAGAAUAAAUUAAUGCCCAAUAAUAAAUUCAUCUGUAAGGGUGAAGAUCCAUCUAUAUGUCAACCUCUAUGGAACACCACAAACCUCGAUACGAACACUGGGAAGUUUUCAAUAAACAAUGACAGAGCGAGGAGAAAUAUCACUGUAACAGUGAGAGACAUAACAACUGACGACACUGGGACUUACUGGUGUGGAGCAGAAAACACUGACAAUAACCGCAGUAAAACAUUCUUCCACAAACUGGAGAUGACUGUAGCACCAACACCACCUGGAUCUGUGAAUCAUGUUGACCUUGCAGGUGACGUUCGGGUAGUAAUAAUGAUCAUCUGUAUAGCUGUGCUGCUGCUGCUGCUGCUGCUUGUGAUAAUUGUGAUCUUCAUCUACAAACGAUUUUCAUGUUCAAAACCCACAAGGAAUGGAGCAGCAGCACAGCACAUCAGAGAGUAUAACGUCUAUGAGGAGGUGCAGGAGCGCCUCCAGGAGACAGGCUCAGGAAAUGCAGUGGAGGCGAUUUAUGCCACUGCCAACUUUCCCACAAACCCCUGCGCCUCAAUGCAUUACUCCACCAUCAUCUUUCAAAGCAGCACUGACAAAGCUAAUUGUGAAGCGCUGAUCCCCAGACCCAGCUCCUCUGCCUGUGAAUAUUCUAUUGUGAGGAACAGUCAAAGUCCAAUCUACUCUACUGUCUAUAAACCAUCAAAGACUUCAGAGGAUCCUCUCUUACUGACAGUCAACAAGACACAACAGCAAUGAGGACGACCCAGGCAGGAAUUCAUUCAAGAUUCAUUUUUGAUGGUUUGUGGUUGUUUACAAUGAAGCCCAGCUCAGACUGUAGGAAUUAACACCUCAAGAUAUUCAGUUUCUGGGCCCAGUCAACUUAAAACAGGAUUCACUUCCACAUUGUUUAAGUCACCAAGGUUUGGUGACAGGACUGAUUUGUAGAGACUAGAUGAGUCCUUAUGCUCAACUGUGAGACAGUUUGAAUCAACAAUAGAGUUCAAUUCAAGACUUAUUGUUGUAUAUGCUUGUUGUAUAUAUUGUUGUAUAUAGUGGCCGAUAAGUAACAAGGAACUGCAGUACAGAAGUGUCAAAUAUAAUAUAUAUGUCUGAGGUAAUUCAGUUUGUCCACCAAAGAGCACUGACAACUAGAGCUGCAAUGAUUAGUUGAUUAAUCAAUUUGUUGAUCAAAAGAAAAUUAAUCUGCAACUUUUUGAUAAUCAAUUAAUCCAUUUAGUCAUUAUUCAAUCAAAAGUGCCAAAUUUUUGGUUCCAGCUCCUCAAAUGUGACAAUUUGCUGUUUUUCUUUGUCAUACAUGACAGUAAAUUGAAUAUUUAACAU